AUCCACCCGGAAGUUCCUGGUGAUUAGUAGGAGUAGGCCUUAUUAGAACCUAGUCGUGAGACAAUUUAGUUAUAUAGACUUUAUCAACUGCUCGACUGCUUAUACGAAACUCCCUCUGCUGCUGAUACGUCCUCGGGUCUGUUUAGUUUUAGUUUAGUCAGUGUUGUUGCCAAAGUUCAGGGAAAAGGUGGUGGCAAAGUGAACUGAGAAUAGAUCCAGAAUCUAUAGCCUACGGCGGGCAGUUCUAGAAGUAGGCCAAAACAAAGGGACCUUAACACAAGCAGACUGAUGAACUCACACUCCAGCUACCAAAAUAGGGGACCUGGAGAAGCUUAGCGCUAAGUGAGGCCGGGCCGGCUGUCAUACAGAUACGAGAUCCAUUGGAAAAGUCACCAGAAAGGAAAGAAAGAGUCACCAUGACUUUGAUGGAAUUCUUUGGCUGCGCCUUCAUUGCCUUUGGGCCCCCUUUUGCUUUAUUCCUGUUCACAAUUGCUCGGGACCCAAUGAGAGUAAUUGUUCUGAUUGCAAGUGGGUUUUUCUGGUUGCUGGCAUUACUGAUAUCAUCUAUUCUGUGGUAUGCUGUGGUGCCGCUGAAGGGACAACUGGCUUUUGGACUAGUCUUCUCCGUCUUAUUUCAGGAGGCCUUCAGAUUUCUGUUCUACAAAACACUGAGGAUGGCGGAUGCAGGCCUGCUCAUGGUUAGCCAGCGAUCGGAAAAUGAACAUGUGGACAUCCGUGAUUUCUCCAACAAACAUAUCAUGGCUUAUGUUUCCGGUCUAGGAUUUGGGCUGAUAGCGGGUGCCUUCUCCAUCAUCAAUGUGCUGGCCGACAUGUCUGGCCCCGGCACCAUCGGCAUCAUGGGAGAUUCGAAAUAUUUCUUUUGGUGUUCAGCAUUCCUCACCCUGUGCUUCAUCCUUCUGCACACUGUCUGGGGCGUCAUUUUCUUCGCGGCUCUGGACAGAAAGCGCUACAUCCCAGCAGCCCUUGUUGUCGCAGCUCACAUGCUCAUCUCUUGCUUGACCCUACUGAAUCAACAGAGCAGCAACACCAACUCUACCAUUUACCUGGCCAGCCUCCUGCCAGCGUAUCUCCUGUUGGCCGUCUCUUCGGUGGCCGCUUUCUACACUGCCGGGGGAAAUCUGAAAAAUGUCAGGGCGGCCGUCGUAUGUAGGCAAGGAAGAUAUGAGAUUGACUAAACAGCUGAGCUGAUAUAUGUGUAUGUAUGUAUGUAUGUAUGUAUGUAUGUAUGUAUGUAUGUAUGUAUGUAUGUAGUUGGUCGGGUCGGUCGGUCGGAUAGUGAGAAAGUUGAUAGUCUAGUCUCUCUUUUUUUUUUAUGGAAUAGAAAAUGAAGGACAGGCAGACUAUUGGAGGGUGCCACUGGUAGGUCCUAUUUCUUUACUCUUUUCCUGUUGGUUCUGUCUUACUUUUUCCCUACUUUAAGUGAAUGUUGUUGAGCUGAUGUGCUUCUCUUUACUCAAAAAGCUUACUGGGUAAAUAUCAACGAUGGAAGUAACAAGGUCAAAGACUAGCAAAUUGGUUGAUAGAUUCACCACCCAUAUGGCCAUCAGCCCCAACUACAGGGCUCACUGUGGUGGCCAUAUCUGACUGUUAGCUGUACAACUUUUUUUUAUCAAGAUGGCUGUACGGCAGACAGAUGAUACAUUAGUUUAACAAAGUUUUGACGUUUCAGCUUCAAUGAUCUAUUUUAGACUGCAGAAGUUGAAGUAAAUUGUUUGUUUUUAUGUUUUUCUUAGCUUUUGCAUCAGGGUGGAAUUUUGGUUUUCGCGUAGUGAUAAAGCAAGAACUUCAUUUCAUUACAUUUGCUCUUUGCUUUUUCAUCCUCCGUUGUCAUUGAGCGUCAAGGGGAGAAGCAGUUUUCAAUAUAGGCUGACUCUUCAGUUCUUUUAAUAAAAAAUUUAGAUAUUCUCAGGGUUCCCUUGAUUCCUUCAAUCCAUCUCAUAUCCUAAUUUAAAAAAAGAGCGCUAGAUAUUGCAGAGUUUAUUUGUGAUUCAAGUUGUUCAUGUGGAUAAUGAAAAGAAAAGAACCUUAUGUAAUUUUGGAUUGGGGGGGGGGGGGGGGGCAUUGUACAUUUGUGUGGUGUUAAGGCACUUGAAAAAGCUGUUUCCCUGGAUGCAAAUCCUUAGUUGGAGAAGGCUGUCUCUGUGAGUAUGACCUGAAAAACUGAUUGUGUAUGAGUGUUGGGCUGGUUUGCAGUUGUCUUCUUUUGAAACAGGGUUGUUUUUUUUAAAAAUGUAACAUUGAAUGGAAUGGAUGAAUCAUUGAAGAUCAGGGGAUAUUAUAACAGCAGUGUUGGUAAAACCAUGAUAUAUAAGAGAAUGCAGAGUGUGGUCGAUUGAGAAACUUUCAAAUACAUCAAGAGAGCCUUUUGACAAGCCAUAAAUUUGUCAGCUGCUAUUUAGAAUGAAGCUGAUUCCUUUCUUUCAUGCUGUUCUUUCUGUUUCUUUGUCUGUCUUAUUUUCUUUCCCAUUUUUUUGUUUCUGAAUUAUCUGUCUCGCUUUCUCCCAGCGCUUAAUGGCCUUGAUUAUGUCAAUAUGCUUCUUUUUUUAAACUCAAACACAGACAUUUUAUCCAUACAUUCAGUGAAAAUUGUUGUUAUGUUGAUGUGGUUCUCUUGACUCAAAAUAACAAAAGAUGGGAGACCGGAGCAUUUAUACAACAUUCUAAUUUUGUGUCCAUUUAUUUCCUAAAUAGCAAUGCCAAUUAUUUUCUUUUAAAAUUUUUGUUACUUCUUUGUUCUUUUUCCCUCAAGAAUGUCCAAAUGUGGAAUUUGACAUUUUUUUGUAUGGUUAAUAUUUUAACAUUCCUUUUUUAAUCUUAACAAUGUUAUAGGAUUUGAAUGACUUUCCAUUGAGAGUGAUUUUGAGGUUUAUGGCGAUUGAUGGUUUGAGUUUGGUGUCUUGUUCAUGGCAGAAAGUUUUGUCAUUUUUCAGGGUUUCUAUGUGCAACAGAUAUUAUGUUUCGUCCUGUUCCUAUUAGGAUAGCACAACAUAAGCAUAUAUUUACUAGUUAUGGCUUCCGCUUACUAUCAGCGCAAUCUUUUGUCUGUGUUAGUUUUGCUUCAACGCAAUUUUCAGUGAAGCUUUUUGGAGAUAAAAAAUUACACAGUAAUUUGGUGUGCUUUUGUUCUCAGCUAACAUGCAAGGCACAUGAGCUGGGUAAGAUUUCUGUCCAUACUACAGCUGAUAUUACAAAUGUGAGCGUUUUCCUACUAUGGACACAUUUUUAAGAACUGACAUCUGUGGUGAAGUAGUUAGGCUCUUCACCAUUUUGCACAGAAGAUGUGAGUGGGUUUGAUUCCCAAGUGAGGAAGUUUAAUAUUUGUAGGGAAUCUCUAUCUGUUCUCUGUUAGGAUCUUAGACUAAACAUCUUAGACUGAGCAGUCGGUAUGAACUGGCUUGGGGGAGGUGGGGGAGGGUGUUCUUUAAAAAAAAAUUAUAGAAUAUUAGUUGACUUUUUCUCUGUGCCACUCAUUGCUUUCUGCCUCUGUCAAUUUAUUGAAACUAUCUGGAAAAUGUGUGGCAUUGUGGUGAAAUCUAGCGCUCGUCAAAAUUGUGAAAUCCUAGAAACCAACAAUUUUUCACAUAUUAGGCAAUUUUUGUUUAUGGGUCCCUUUAAUUUAAAAACAAAUCUCUGUAUGGAUUUUGCUGGAAAUCAUUGAUGAAAAGCUAAAAAAAAUAUAAAUUUAUAGUUUCAAAGGACACUCAUAUUUUGGAAGUUGUCAAACUUUGGCAGACAUUUUCUCAAUAAUUCGACCCCUGAGACCAAACAACCCGCCUCCUUCGGUUGCAAGUGUCUCGACUUCAGUUAAAAGUGUGUAUUCUUUUUUCAGCGACAGCAAAGCAAAUAAUUAAGCUUUAUUGUAUUACCAAUAACUCCACAUGUCCAAAAAUUGAUGAGCGCCUGAUUCCACCAUGAUGUGACGCAAAUGGUUAUAAUGAUUAUUGAGUCAUAUGAUGUACAUGUAAAUAUAUUAUGUAUACUAUUGCGCUGUAAAAUAAAAUGUGAAAAUAUCAUGUA